GUUGUUGAAAAGGAAGUUUAGUAUGUAAAGAAAAAAGGAGUUAGUGCGAUAAUAAUAAAAGAAAGGAGAAAACACAUCGGAAAUUGUGAAUAUUUGGAGAAAAUGAAGUUAGUAUUUUUUUUUGUAUUAUGUUUAAAAAAAAAGUUUCAUCUCAAUCUUUUGUGAAUUUCUAAAAGAUGCUUAUUAAGAUUUUCUUCAAUCAUUCCUUUUUUUAACAAAAAUUAUUUUGUGUAUGAACUAAAAUUAAAAAGUUUUUUUCGGUGAAUUUUAUUUACCUUAUGGAAAACAAUAUUUGUGUAAUUGUGUAUUUGAGUUCGAAUACGAUUAAUUGACGGCAACUAAUUUAAAUAAAAAACAAAAGUAAUAUAUAUCUUCAAAAGCAAGAACAAGCAUGAAGCAUACAUUAAUUCUCUUUUAUGUUUUAACAACAUUUUCUACAUAGAAAAGAGAGAAGAAGAGAGUGAGAGAAUUUAUGUUUUAUAAAAAGAAAAAUAAGAAUUGCACGUAAACUUAACUGUUGAUCUCUUUCUUUCGGUAUACAUUUUAUUGAACGUCAGCAUCAUGAUAUACUAACAAACAAUAAUCGAAAAUUAAUCAUUGUGAGAUUUUGUUUUCGUUCUCUACGCUUACCGCUCCUUUUCCUGAAACAAGCAAUGCGAGGAAAAGCAAAACAAUAACAGCAACAGCGAUUUCAACAAUAACCGCACAAUAUUGGUGUUCAAUUAGGGUUUUUAGUUCCUUUUCGCCUUUACAUCUAUUCGUUAACGAUAAAGAAGAAAAUUUAUCUAAAACGUGAAAGACUAAGAAUUUUAAUGUAUGUACACUUUUAAUAAUAUUAGCGGAAGUGAUUCAAGGAGUUUGAACGCUCUUCACGCAAGCUUUCCAAUAAAGUAAAAACAACUGCCAUAUUGUGGCUAAACGACCACACUACCAGCAUUAAUAAACUUCAGCAUUGCCAUCUUUAAUAAAUAAUGUCAUCAACAAAAUGCGGACUCAAAUUUUUAUUCAUAUCGAUCAUUUUCAUUGUCAUCGUAAAUGGUUACGCAAAAGAUAUUUCCGGAGCUGAAAGAGGUCAUGUUGGGGGUUGCGGCAUUACGGACGAGGUCUCCCAAUGGAUGGAGAAUAUACAAAAUUCGGCUGUGGAAGAAUUGCCAGAACCGAUGUCAAAAGAUGUAAAAAAAAUUCCCAAAAAACGUACGCCAUCGAUUGAGCACAAUACGGAUAAUGUUGUUAUGAAAUCUCAAGACGGCGAAGUGAUACUAGCUGAAGCCCUCUACUCGUUACCCUCUAAUAACACUAAGAAAAAACAAUUGAAAUCGACAUCGUUUUCAUAUACACAACCGCAGUUACAUACUCAACAGCAUCCACCGAAAAAGUAUGGCGCCAAUGAUGAUUUUAAAUAUGCUUAUCAAAAAUAUACAAAAGAAGCGAAUUUUGUCGGUGCGUUUUAUGAUCCAGAAACGGGUCGUCGAUAUUCGCCAACCCAUAACGACUGGCAUGAACAUGUGCAUGAGCGCGUGAAACGCGCUUCCGGUUUGCUCGGCUCUUCGCCACGCCGUGAAGAUAACAAAAAUACCUGUUCGCUAUACAUACAAACAGACCCAUUGAUUUGGCGUCAUAUACGUGAAGGCAUCGCUGACCACGAUCGCAGUCACAAAUACGAACGGGACAUAAAGACACGCGAGGAAAUCACUUCGUUAAUAGCACAUCACGUUACGGCCGUUAAUUACAUUUACCGCAAUACAAAAUUCGACGGACGUACCGAGCAUCGAAAUAUACGUUUCGAGGUGCAACGUAUUAAAAUUGAUGACGAUUCCGCUUGUCGCAGUUCUUAUAAUGGUCCGCAUAAUGCUUUUUGCAAUGAACAUAUGGAUGUAUCCAAUUUCCUUAAUUUACAUUCCCUCGAGGAUCAUUCGGACUUUUGUCUAGCUUAUGUGUUCACUUAUAGAGAUUUUUCGGGUGGCACCUUAGGAUUAGCUUGGGUGGCCAGCGCUUCUGGUGCUUCUGGUGGCAUUUGUGAGAAAUAUAAGACUUACACCGAGACCGUAGGUGGUCAAUAUCAAAGCACAAAACGUUCCCUAAAUACCGGUAUCAUUACAUUUGUCAACUAUAACAGUCGUGUACCGCCCAAAGUCUCUCAACUAACGUUGGCUCAUGAAAUUGGACAUAAUUUUGGUUCACCGCAUGACUAUCCCCAAGAAUGUCGUCCUGGUGGACUAAAUGGCAAUUACAUUAUGUUUGCAAGCGCUACUUCCGGUGAUCGCCCUAACAAUUCGAAAUUCUCGUCGUGUUCUAUACGUAAUAUUUCGCAUGUUCUCGAUGUGCUGGUAGGAAACAUGAAACGCGAUUGCUUUAAAGUCUCUGAAGGAGCGUUUUGUGGCAAUAAAAUUGUUGAGCAAGGUGAAGAAUGUGAUUGCGGUUUUAAUGAGGAGGAAUGCAAAGAUAAUUGCUGUUAUCCUCGCUUAAUCAGUGAAUACGAUUUGUCAUUAAACGGUUCGGCCAGAGGCUGUACACGACGUGCCAAAACACAAUGUUCCCCUUCGCAGGGGCCUUGUUGUUUGCCAAAUUCGUGUACAUUUGUCCCGGCCAACUAUCAGCAGAAAUGUAAAGAGGAAACCGAAUGUUCGUGGUCAAGCAUUUGCAAUGGAACAACGGCUGAGUGCCCAGAUCCAAAACCGCGCGAUGAUAAGACAAAAUGUAACAAUGACACUGCUUUAUGUAUUAAGGGCGAUUGUUCCGGUUCUAUUUGUCUGCUGUGGAAUAUGUCUGAAUGUUUCCUAACUUCGCAAGCUGUCCCGCAUGUGGAUAAGCGGCGUUUAUGCGAGCUAGCUUGCCAGAAUGGAAAUGACACAAAUACUUGCCGCAGUACAUCCGAAUUCGCUCACUUAUAUGAUUUGCCGGAGGGUGGUAUCAGUUUACGUCCCGGUUCUCCUUGUGAUAAUUUUCAAGGCUAUUGUGAUGUGUUCCUGAAAUGUCGUGCAGUCGAUGCCGAUGGUCCUUUAGUGCGUCUAAAGAAUUUGCUAUUGAAUCGCGAAACGCUUUUAACCGUAGCCCAAUGGGUUACAGAGAAUUGGUAUAUUGUUGUAUUGAUGGGCAUCGGUUUCAUUAUCGUGAUGGGUGCUUUCAUUAAAUGCUGUGCUGUGCAUACGCCCAGUUCAAAUCCUAAAAAACGUAGAGCUCGGCGUAUAAGUGAAACCCUAAGAGCGCCCAUGAAUACAUUAAGGAGAAUGCGCCAUCCUCAUGGUCGGGGUGCUGGCCCGCGUAGUAUACCACCGCCUGUGCAUGAUGCACGAUCUCAGCAUCGUAAUUAUCCGCCCGAAUGGGAUCGACCGCAUCGUACGGGUGCUGCGGGGACUGGUGCAAGCAAUCACGCGAGUCGUUCAGCGGCUGGCGGACGAUCAUCUGGUGGAGCUGGUCGUAAUUCACGAGCAAGUAGCUCUCGUCAGCCCAGCAAUUCACGAUCAGCAGGUCAUGGGUAUGCUGACGGUGUUAUUUUAGCUGGUGUGGGUCCUAAUAAUAGUGGUGGUGGUGGUAAUGCAGUGAAUGUGGGUGGUAGCGUGGGUGGCACUGCUCUUUUAACAGCAGUACCGGGUAUGACGAGCGGCGCACUGGGUGCUGGUGUUGUGUCACGCGCUCAGAUGCCUUUACCCGCUCUGCCGUCCACUGCACAAACACAACAACAAGCGCAACAACAACAGCUGCCACAACAAGCAUAUUACGCGCCGAAAGCCGUCGUUCCGCAGCCAAUAAAUUACAAUCGGCCACCGUCGUUACAUCAGCCUGAUUUAUAUGCCGAUGCUUAUGCGGCAUUAGGUCGUGGGGCCUAUGAAGCAACAGCACGUGCUACAAACGAUAAAGUUUGACAGACAAGUUCGUAUCAAAAUGGCCGGAUGCGGCUUCAAACGGCAAUUGUAAGACGAGAAACAACACAAAAAACAAACGAACUCAUGUUAUAUGUAAAUGCUAUUUUUACGCUAAUCAUAAUAUUUUAAUAACAAAAUCACAAAAACACAUUCAUACACACACUCAUUGAAAUGAUCAGGCAGGCGAACAGGUCGAACGGCAGCAACAGUAACAACAAACAAACAAACAAACAAGCAAACACAACACAUAAAAACGAAUUAACCCACGAUAUUCUAAUAAUUAUUAUUAGUAAAAACUAUAGCAUCAUAUUUUAUUUUUUAAAUUAAUUCAAAUUUAAAAAA